AGACAAGUUGUCAUGAGAACUGGAAAAAUGUCAAAUUUUAUGUAGUUUAUUUUUUAAAUUGGUGAAGUAAAUAAAAGCUGACAAAAUGAACAUUUUUCUUUAUAUUAUCUACGUUAUUGUAUAAAAUAUAAAUAUUUGGCUACGAUAUUUUUUUUACGUUUUUCAAAAGGAUCAUCAUAAGGAUAUUAACAAAAUAUUUUUGUCCAGGAAGCCCAUUUUUCAAAAUAAUUUAAGAUGAAUACUACAACAUUUAAAAAAUAUUUAGAUGCUCUUAGCAGAGAAGGCAACAGCAACAACAUUUUGAAGUUGUUGAACAAAAUAAGGAGUUUAGUCGAUUGGCCAAAACACAGUAACAACAUUAAUGUAUUACGAGAUACAGGCUACUUGCAUAAGUUGUUGAAUAUCUUGGAAACACAACAAGACAAGCAUAUUAUCGACAAGUGUCUUAGCAUUUUAGGGAAUUGUGCUAUGGAGAGGACAUGUGCAAGAGCAAUGUAUCGGACACAUAAUGCAUUGUCAGCUCUUAACCAUGUGUUAAAAUGUUAUCCAAAAGAAGACAGCAUAAAUGGGAGAGUUUUCAGAGUGCUGGGAAAUUUAUGUCAGCAUAAGGAAGGUUGGGCUGAUAUAAUCAUUAGUAGAAAGCCACAGAUUAUCACCCAUUUGUUAAAAGUAUUAUCUAGAGCUAGUAAAAAUACGGAAUUGAAAGAAAAUUCUUCUGAAGCUACUAUCCUGAUGGCGCUCAGAAUUUUAAAAUAUUUAACUAAUAAAGAACAGCUCCUCAAGACGUUUCCAGUUUUAAAUACAAUUGGUUCUCUUUUCAUAAAAUCUAGUCAAGAAUGGCAAGAAAGCCAAACAAAUGAAACUGUUUUGAAUGCUUUAAUAACAAUAAUUUACCAAUUUUCAGUUUUAAAGGAUUAUUCCAUGGUAACAAAAUUAAAAUCUACUACUAAUGGAAACGCUUUAAAAGAACUUGUUAAUGUUUUGCUACUAUGUCCGAUAACGAUCAUAAAAAUUAUUAUGAAUUUCAUCACUAUUAGCAAGUUGAAUUCAGAUUUGCCUGUACUAGACAUUUGUAAUAAAUUUAUUGACGCAGUUGUUAAAAAUAUGGAUACAGAAGGUUUUAAAACUGAAUGUCUAGAUUAUAUCAAAUGCUUAUGCUACCUCCUGGAUCAUCCAGCGAAUAGAACUGCUCAGCAAUGUGGAAAAACUAUCUCCAUACUAAUUCAGGCUCUUGAAAAAUUGAACCAACCCACAGAUUUAGAGCUUGAAUGCUGUGUUCUAUUGGUUAACACCCUAAAUAAAUGUCAGUAUGCGGAGUAUCUUGUCCAGGAGCAGUUGCAAUGCAAUAUUUUGGAUGUCUUAAUAAAAAAGUUGGAAUGGAUUGUAGACAACACAGUUAUUAUGAAUACUCAUGAUUUUAAUAAUGUGUUGAAACGGAAAUUGACCUUUGAUGAUGCCGAAUUAUAUCCUCAAGGGUCGUUUUCUGUGAAACGGAAAUUGUGUUCUUGUUGUCUCAAGGUUUUAGAUUUGAAGAAUUUUGAUUGUCCUAUGUCGCAUGGUACUCCUGCUUCAAAACGAUUAGCGUGUCCCAGUGAAGAUGAAGACAAUGAUGAUGAUGUUGAUGACAUUGAUGACGUUGAAGAUAGUAGUCAAAAUCCCGUUUCUAUCGACAAGGAACUUAGCUAUUUCACAGUUGUUACAAAGGAUGAUAGAAGUCUUAGUCCAUGUUCAAGUACAGGUAGCGAUUAUGCAGCUUUGUCUUGGGCAUCACCAUGUUCUAGUCCUCGAUCAUUAGGCAACGAAGCCGAAGUGUAUUCAGAUUCUGACGAUUAUUCGCCAGUUUGCAGUGAAGCGGAUGACACGGAAUAUCAGUUAAAUACAAAUAAAACUGAAGGAUCUGUAGACAUAAAUUCACAUUCUGAAUGUAGGCAAGAUGAAGAAAACGAGCGACUUCAAGGAACUUUGCCUGAAUAUAGUACAAAUAGAUUGAAAGUAAGUCUGAUAUUCGAAAUAACAAGACUAGUCAGAUCGUUCAUCAAAAUCUGCCCACCCAUAGCUCAGUUAGGAUCCGAAAAGUUACUUAUAGCACUAUUAAAUUGUUCAGAAUUUUUCAAUACAAAAAUGUCGACGUACUCUACGGUAAACUUAGUUUGCGAUAUACUACAUAGCCCAAUCUACUUGAAACCCCUAUUGAAGACUGUAUUUAUCGAGAAAGUUUACGAUUUGACGAAAUUUGUUCAUUCGGAACAUUGCGUAACUUGCAUGGAUCAAUCGUGCACCGGUAAAAUGGUGUUGAAGAGACUUACACACCUUGCAAAGAAUGGAACGGGGAAGCAGUUUAUCGAGAGCAUGAUGCGUGCUGGACGAAUUGAAGAUAAGAAGCAAACGGUGCUGAUAUUACCGUACAUUAUAGAGGAAGAAAAGACUCUCGCAGAUAUAUUAUUAACAAAAGGAGGGUUAACCGUUUUGAUGCAGCUGUUAAAGGAAGAUUCGGAUUUAAAAAGACGGGCCAUUAAAACAUUGUACGUGUUAUCGGCCAAAAGACUGGAAAUAGCCAAUCCUAAAACGGUUGCCAUAGACGUAGCUCAUACAUUAGCAACGUUCAGUUCUCAACGAUCAGACAAUCAGACGUCUGUGAAAUUAGUGACUUUUAAAUUAGAUGAUGGUCAACACGUGAAAGCUGAUAGAAAUUUAUUGAUGGAAAAGUCUGUGUAUUUUACCAACUUGUUGAGCGGAUCUUUUAAAGAAGGUAGUGAAGACGAAGUGUGUUUACAGGAUGUUGAAUUCAGGACUCUGAAUUGCCUAUUGGACUUGGUCGGAUCGGUAAAUGAGAUUAGAAAAAUCGCUCUUGAUACCCUACUUGAUGUUAUAGCUUUAAGUGAUAGAUAUUUAAUGAGUGACAUUUGUAGCCUCGUUACUAAUUACGUGGAAAAGUAUAGAAUGUCUAUAAGGAAUGUUGCGAAAAUAUAUAAAUGGUCCUUGGAAUCGCGAUUAGAUUUGCUACGAGUUGAAUCGAUAGCUUACGCUUUAGUGGUCGAUGUCAGUGAGCCUAUACGAUUUGACACAUUUAAUACCCUGUUUAGCCUCGGACACAGUGAUGAUUUAGUCAGUGACAUUAAUAAACUUAUAGAAAGAUACCUUAUUUCGUUUGCCUGUAGGUAACUGUAUCCUUUGUUUUUUUAUUGUUCUCGUUUUGUUUAUUGUUCUCGUUCGAUUAUUUAUUAAAAUGUUUUAUAAGAUUUUUAUAAACGUUUUCAUUUAAAGUGCAAAAUUGUGG